AUGUAUCUUGUCCAUGAGUCGUCUUGUCGUGUCGUGUCGUUGUCCAUCAAAGAGGAUUUGGUCACAGUGGCGCACCUCGGGAAAACUGAACGAUGCUCGUUGACGACGAUUCGGAGAGGAGUCGGGAAAGAAGACGUGCAUGGUGCGGGAUCUGGUCGUCGUCGUCCGGAAUGUCACAGCGGAACAGAUAUACUGACUCUUCGACGCUUGUUUCUCUCGCACUGCUAG